AGGGGAAACCGGGGGGAGAGAGAGAGAAAGAUCUAAAGACAUGUCACUUCACCAUCAGUAUUACGUUACUGCUGUGCCGGCGGACCACACUCGGAACGGCUACAAAAUGCCACGAGCAUCCGUCGUCCACGUCACGACAUCGAUGAGGAAACCACGCAACAUGGCUCAGAUAUGGGCAACGCUAGCCGUUUCCAUGGGUUCGUUCGCUGCUGGGUUAGCAAAAGGUUACACCUCACCGGCGAUAGCUUCUCUUCUCCAAGAGGAGCAUCACAACCAAACAUGGCCCGGUUUCACCGUGACGAAACAACAGGCUUCAUGGGUGGCUUCGCUUUCGAUGUUGGGCGCUUUUUUCGGCGCCAUUAUCGGUGGGUGGAUACUGAAACGAGGAAGACGCCUUGCUUUGCUGGUAACGUCUUUGCCGCUGACAGCAAGUUGGGUCCUGACAGUGGUAGCACCGACGGUCAAGUUGAUAUACACUACCAGCUUCAUCGGGGGCCUGUGCUGCUCUAUCAUCAUGAUGGUGACACAGGUCUACAUAUCAGAAAUUUCUACCCCGGGAAUCCGAGGCUGUCUUUCGGCGGUGUUGAAGGUUGUCGGUCACGUCGGAAUGUUACUGACUUACAUCGCAGGGGCGUAUUUGAACUGGAGACAGAGCGCAAUGCUGGUGGCAGUGGCACCCCUGAUGCUGUUCAUCUCGGCUCUCUUCAUCCCGGAAACACCAUCCUACCUGGUGUUGAACGGCAGGGAUGACGAGGCGGCCAGAAGCCUGCAAUGGUUGCGAGGACCGCACGUCGACAUCAGCUACGAGUUGCAGAUCAUAAAAACGAACGUUUCGGCAGCGAGAGCAACGCAGUAUGGCCUCACUCUCAGCAGGAGCAUACGGACACCACGUCUCUACAAACCCAUCGCCAUAACCUGUGGCCUGAUGUUCUUCCAACGGUUUUCUGGAGCCAAUUCGUUCACCUACUACGCGGUGACAAUAUUCCGCCAAACACUCGUUGGCAUGAACCCACACUGGGCAGCAAUCGCCAUAGGAAUUGUCCAGCUACUCGCGUCGUUGCUUUCAGGUUUCCUCAUCGACAUAGUCGGCAGGUUGCCGUUGCUGAUAGCGAGCACGGUGUUCAUGUCGUUGGCGCUGGCCGGUUUUGGAAGCUUCGCGUACUACGACAAGACACGACUAUCCCACUUGGAGCAGGUCGAGGUGGUGCCCGCGGGACAGUACGACUGGAUACCACUGCUCUGCGUCCUCGUCUUCACGACGGCCCUGGCUUUGGGCAUCUCGCCAAUAUCUUGGCUAUUGAUUGGGGAGCUAUUCCCCCUCGAGUAUCGAGGUCUGGGCUCCAGCCUGAGUACGAGUUUCAGCUACGCUUGUGCCUUCCUCGGAGUCAAGCUGUUCGUUGAUUUCCAAGAGGACCUCGGACUUCACGGUGCGUUUUGGCUCUAUUCAGCAAUGGCGGUUUGCGGUUUAUGCUUCGUCGUAUGCUGCGUGCCCGAGACGAAGGGCAAGCAGCUGGACGAGAUGAAUCCAGACUACGCUCAAGCCCGGUAG